AUGAGCGAGACAAAGAGAUUGAACGGCAAAGUCGCCAUUGUCACAGGGGCUUCCUCUGGCAUCGGUCGAGCUAUUUCCGUAGCGUACGCACGAGAAGGGGCUCGUAUUGUUUGCGUUGACCUCAAUCAAACCGCACGUGCUCUUGUAGCGGGCGAAGUCGCAGUCAGCACGGACGAGCUGAUCCGAAGAAGUGGAGGAGAGGCGAUUUUCGUCAAGACGGAUGUCAGCAAAGCUUCAGAUGUUGAGAAUAUGAUCUCAAAAGCUGUCGCGGAGUUUCAGAGGGUGGAUAUCCUGGUCAAUAACGCUGGCGUAUCGCUAGAGGCCGGACGAGCGCCGGCCAAAAUUCACGAAACGUCAGAACAGACUUGGGAUAUCACCUUGGCGGUCAAUUCAAAAUCUGUCUUCUUGUGUUCCAAAUAUGCGAUCACGCAGAUGCUGAAACAGGAGCUUCAUCCUUCUGGUGACAGAGGCUGGAUAAUCAACAUAUCGUCUAUCUUUGGACUUGUUGGUGGCCGCCACAACUCGUCAUAUGCCGCCUCCAAGGGAAGUGUCUCGAUCCUGACGAAACAGGUUGCGAUCGACUACGCUGACCAGAUGAUACAUUGCAACGCAAUCUGCCCUGGCUAUACCGAAACAGCUAUUUUCGCAGAAACAACAACCUAUUUGGACGACAUCAACGCCAUUCGAGCGCGGCACCCAUUACGUGGGAUCGGCCGUCCUACAGAUGUGGCUAGUGCUGCCGUCUUCCUUGCCAGUAACGAGGCUGGGUGGAUUACAGGCGUAGGUUUACCAGUGGACGGAGGAUUCACUGCACAGUAA